AUGGUUACUUCAAGAUCAACAACUCUAGUAAUAGUUCGAGAUCCCCGUCCUGGUUUGGCACUAGUAGUAGUGAUUGUAAGGCUACCUGUUGGCAAAAUUGUGAUUGCCUUGGAUUUGACGUUCCUCUUGUUAAUGGGACUAGCACCGGGUGCCGAUUCUGGAGUGUAG